AUGGAACAGCUCGUCGUGUUGAGGCUUGUAGCAGCUUUGGAGUUGGUAGAGUCCCAUCAAAUCGAACCACGGAUUCCUGCGACUUUCCUGGUGCCGCGGGCUCCAGAGGAGCUAGAGCACCGCAUGAGGACGGGGCUGUUGACGCAGGCCUCCGAGGACGACCUUUGUGACCCUCUCUACUGGCAGUUUCAAGAGGUCCAUGGGGCGGUGCCGAGGCUGAAAGUGCUGUUCCCCGAUGGCUCAUCGACGUUUGUCCAGGCGUCCGGCAGGACGCAAUCCGACACUCCAGCUCUCAUCGACGAAGAUGGUGAUGAGUGCGCAUCAGGUGCAAGCGACUACUCAGCGAAUGUCUACACGGAAGGACAGAAGGCGGUGCCUGAGGGCGAAGUUGAAGGCGGCGCAGUGACAACCGGCGAAACGGAAGGUGGUGCUGCCGAAAGUGAGAAACCUGCCGAUGAAUCAGGCGUCGGUGCCAAAGCCCGCGUGAUGGUUGAGCAUGCGAAGACACCUCGAUCAGUUUGCAGAAGCUGCGGGGGCAGCAUCGAGAAGGGAAGCGUGCGCUGCGGAGUUCAAGGCUAUGCCGGAGGCAGAUCGGUGCUUCUGUGGGCCCAUGCCGCCUGCUUUCUGGAGAAGAUUCGUGCAGAGUACGUGACAGCACGUCGAGGGCGCUGCAAGGCCACAGGAGAGGCCUUCGAAGUGGGGCAGAUUCGCGUUGGCUUCGAGGUUGGCAAUCACAAAUCGUGGUGGCUUCCGGCAGAAGCUGCACGCUGGACAGCACUUGUGGUGGCCAAACUCCCUGAUGCCGGUGCCUUGGCGUCUCUGCAGGGUUUGGACGACAUCAAUGAGGAGCACCGUAGGCCCCUGCUCGAGCUGCUGCAGACAGGUAAAGCUCCGGAGACGGAGCUCCGACGCGCUGCAAAGCCUGCCGCACGUCGCAAAGCGAAGGAACUCGCGAAGAUGUCCCCGACAGCUUCAACUGCACCCGCCGAAGGGAAGGAGAGGAUCGGGGCACAGAAGACCGACAGUGAUGUCGAGGUGGCACUGGAUGCCCCGCCAUACUGCACAGGAACAUCCCUGUUGAUUUGGUUGACCGGCACAAGCCCGGCCAAAAGCACAUUUGCCAUGGAACAGUGCGCAUCCACCUACAAUCCUACAGCUCAAAGUCAAAUCUGCAUGGACAUGCUCACAGAUGAUGAUGAGCCACCAGGCUCGCAGCUGGUGCUGAGACCUGGACCGACCUGCGUCAAGGCGUUCGAGCACACGGGCAUUUGCGUCAUCCCGAACUUUCUAGGCGGUGGAAAAGCGGCAGCUUUGCGAAGAGCCUCUCUGGCGCUUUUCGCAGACGGAGGGAUGGCACCAGGAGCUCUUGGUGGCAGUGACGGGAGGGGCAUCCAGCGCAACUUUCGUGGGGAUUAUGUGGCUUGGCUGGGUCCUCGUGGUGUCAACGAGCCGACCAAGCGCUGCCGUCGGGAAGGUGCCGUCAGGGCCACUUUGCGAGCAGGCUCCAAAUUGCUGGAGGACGAUCAUCCUUUCCACGAACUUCAGGCCACACUGUGGACCUCACUGCUGGGGCCGCUGACUACUCAGCUGGACAUGACCGUGGCAGCGCUGCGACCGGACUUGGAUCGUGGAGAGGUCAUGGCCAGCGUCUACCCACCAGACUGUGGGGCUCAAUUUCGACGUCACCUUGACAAUCCCUGCGAUGAUGGGAGACGCAUCUCUGCAGUGUACUAUGUGAACCCAGGCUGGAAAAGGGAGGACGGUGCUUUGCUUCGAUGCUGGUCUCGCCACGGAGAGGUGGAAGAGAUCCUGCCGAUCGAAGACACCUUGGUUCUCUUCGAGGCGGAUUCCAUCGAGCACGAGGUCACGCAGAACUCCAGCACCGGCAUCUUUCCGGAUGGUUAUCGCUGUGCCUUCACUUGUUGGCCGCUUGAGUCGCAAGAGCUGCAGGGUCGGCUGCAGAAACACAUGUUGUGCUGUCUCCAAAAGCUUGUGGCUCAGGGAGAACUGACAAGUUAUCAGUAUUCAGUACGUGUGAGCACUCUUGCAUUCCACGGCUGCGCAUGUGCCUGGAGUUCUGCGCGCAGCAAGACCGCAACACACGCAAACACACACAGACACAUGCGAUACCGUGCAAGCGUGUGCACGUUCACCGAUGUUUUGCCCGAAUCGUCGGUAGGACUAGGAAGAAGAGGAAAACAUUGA